AUGUCGUUUGCGAGUGAAACUUUGCCCGUGAAUGCAAUUGUUGCUGACCAUCCGCUGUUGGAAAAGUUCCAAGUCACACUAAAAGAGCAUCUAAGUCGAAUCAAUGAGCAAUUAAUAAAGGAGAAUGCUGAAAUAGACAAUCAAAUCCAAGUAUUGAACGAUGAACGUGAGGAAAUUGGUUCAAAUUUAUACGAUUUACAGCUGAAAAUCGACCGUCAAAAUGAGGAUUUGGAUGCAUAUAAUAAACGAAUCUCGGAUACAUUCGAGAAACGUGUUAAAUGCGAAGAAGAUAAUCGACAAUCGAAAAUGGAAUUGAAACUACUGCAUAAUUUCCAUCGUGAUGCAAAGCGUAUACAUGCCGACCGGGUGGCUGAGUUAAAGAAAUUGCAAACCUUAGAGCAGACCAUUGAUAAGUGGCAAAAGGAAAUGGAACACAAUUUAAAAGUAUCUAGACUGGUGCUCAACAAGGACAAACAGGAAAAGGACCGCAUUAGCAAAGAGAAACGGGAAAUGGACUUUUUAUUGCUAAAUAUUGAAAUGGAAGUAAUGUCAUGUGAAAUGAGAUCUGAGCAAAUAGUCAAGGAAUUGACCGAACAUGAACAACAAGUCGAAAUGUUAAAUGCAAAACUCAUUGGUUCAAAUGCCGAUUUGGAUGCACUUCAAACGGACAAUCGACGUUUGAUUAGCUCGUGGAAUGAGGUGAUUCAUGCCAUUUCGAACAGGGAUAAAUUAUUGGCCAAAACAAAUGAAGAAUUGACCAAGGAAAACGAACAGAUUAAAGUGAUUCAGAACGAUAUUGACGCUACGAAAAAGGAGGCGACGAAGCAAAUGGAACAAAAUGAAAAUCUUGAGCAGUUCAAGCAACGCCUUACCGAGGAUUUACAACAUCUGAGUAAACAAUAUGACAAGGCAAUGCGUGAGCUGGCUGACUUGAAUAGGAAAAUCGAUAAAUUCACACUGCUAAUAGAAGAAACCGAAAAGUCGUUGCAUCAAGCCUCUGUCGAAAAUCACCUUCUCGAUGGAAAUUUAAAGUCCCUAUCGCGUGAGCACGAGCGUCAAGUGAAUAACAAAACUGAACAGGAGAAUCAUAUUUUGGAAUUGCUACAAGACCAAGUGACCACGGAUCAAGCGAGUAAAAAACGUGGUCGACACAUUCGUGAUUUGCAAAAUAAACGCAGAAAUAUGGAGCUGAUGAUGAAUAACACAGAGGCUCAGCUAUCGGAAAUUCUCUUUGAGAUGGAAAAAUUGAAAGGAAUCAGUGCACGAAGCCGAGAUUAUGCCGAUGAUUUAAUUAAAGAGCAGAUAGUAUUCGAGCAAAAAGCAAGAGAUUACGAUAGAGAUUUGCAAAUAAUUAAACGAGCCAUCGAAGAGAAGCUAAAGCUUCACGAUCGUUUGAACAAGCAAUUAGCCAAAUUAAUUGAAGCAGCCGGAGGCAGUGAAAAUGAUCCACUGCAACUCAAAAUCCAAGAUUUGGAAACGACAAUCUCCCAAUUGGAGAUCGAUAUCAAAAAUGAUCAGAAUAAAUGGCUUCGUUUGCAAUGUAACAUUGUGUCUAUGUCGGAGAAACUAACUCAAUUACUGAAUGAGUCACAUUUGGCUCGGCAACAGUUGCUCGUAGUUGAUCAGAAAAUGUUGAAAGUCGACAGUGAACUGGUCGAUAUUGAGAAGUCUGAUCAAAAUCUCAUCCGUGACAUCGAAAACUUGAAUACCAAAUUGGAUAUUUUGAGUGCAAAACUGUGCGAUAAGCGGCAGAAUAACGCCUCCGAAACAGAGCAAUGUCAAUUCGUGCACAUGAAACUGGUAGAUAAGCUUCGCGACGACGAAAUGUCGGCAAUUCAACUGGAAAAUGAGUUGAUUUCGAUUUCCAAUGAGAUCGAUGAACUGAAACGAGUUGUAUUGGAUAGACACCACUUAGCACUGAGCUGGGAAACCAAAUGGAAAAUGAUCGAAGAAGCAAAGCGGCAAAAUGAUGAAGAGUAUGCAAAGUCGGGUGAAAUUGGGUCGAUGAAAAUGGAAAUUCGUCGCAUGGAAGUUCGUCUCGGCGAAUUGAAACGUGCUCAAGAAAAAUUGGUGGCCGACAUGGAAUUGUGUGUUCAUCAUCGUGAACACAUCUUUGAUCAGGCGAAUAUGCGCAACAAAUUGCCACACAAAAAAUCCAAACUAAUCGACACAAUGCAGUAUCGAUUCAAUCAGUUACAAUCGAAAUUGGGACAGGUCAGAGCGGAAGUAAAGGAGAUUGAAAAGCAAACAAGUAAUGUUGUGAGUGCUCGCACAGCCAUCGAAGACAAAUUGAAUAAACUCAAUCAAGAUAUCGAUGAUGAACGGACGCAGUACAUGUUGAUGCAGAAUGAAAUUGAGCAGGCAGUGUUGCUGAAACAGGAGAACCUAGAGCUAAUCAUCCGCUUGCAAAAUCGCGCAAAACGCUACCGCAGUGUUGUUCAAGUACAGCAAAUUCCAAAGAAUCGAGCCGAAAGUGUGGUUGAUACACAAUUCGAUCAUAACAAAGACAUCAGCCUGAAUUUGAUUUCAAUUUUAGAAGAUUUGCUACACGAAUUCCCAGAGCAUAAAUUCUCCAUUCAACGAGUCCGGCAAACACUCAAAGAUUAAACCUCGAUACUGAAGCAAUCAGCAAUUAUUACAGCUAUUGACAGCAGGUCAUUUAACUAUUCACAUCCAACAUAUCGGAAAUAUUUUCCAUCUUGCUUAUACUAAUUGCAUGCAUUGAUAGUACAUUAUAUAGUACUUGAUCUUUAACCGCUUUGCAUCACUUGAUGAACAUUCUGAAUUAUAAUAAUGGAUUAAAACCCGAAAAAAUCUUUUUUGAAUUUGAAUUGUAUUAAAACGAGUCCAUUUAAAGACUUUUUACGAAAAUAGUUUAUUUUCAUCAUUUUUAUAACAAUAUAUAAUUCACAGAAUGUCUCUCACAAAAUAUCUAAGUCGAAAAGGAGUAUUUCAUAUGAAAAGAUUGUAAAAAUAUUGCUGUAAAGGUAAAUUGCCUUUAGCAAUUCGUAAAACUUCGACAUUUAGAGUUUUUAAACACGCAAAUACAGAUUUUUUUUUAAA